AUGACGACUCCUCUUGAUAGAGCCACCAUAAACAAGCACUUUCGAAAUGAAGAAGAGCGGAACACUUUCCUUCGGCGCCUCAAAAGGUCCAUGAAGCGUAGGAUUCAUCAGAACUCCGCCGAAGAAUUUUUCGAGGAUGCUCGUCGAAUUGAUGGUCUCGACGACAACUUUGAAUUCUCGGUCGACAAUUUGCUAGCCUUGGUCGAUCAAUUCCCAGAUUCAAAGACUGCAAUGGGACUUCUGGAAAGUGCUAUUUGCUGCGUCAUUGGUCACGAAGCCUUCGAGAAUGGCGACAUUAAGGCCGCAGCAUCCGCAUAUGCUGAUGUUUACCGAAAGAACUCCUUAGUGUUACGCUGGCAGUCUUCCAAGAUGCAGGGCGCAAUGGAGGCGUUCAACAGGUUAUCUACAGAUGCUACGCAACUGAACCAACAUCGUGCCGAAGCUCUGUUUGUCCACGCCAACAUUCUCUUCGUGCGGGGCGAGCACCACAAAGGGCUACAGCGACUUUCACUUGCGCAGCUUCUUCUUCCAAACGACCCCUACUUUCCCGCAAUAGAGGGCUGCAUCCUGGCCAUGCAAAUGCAGGCGUCGAGGGCGCUGCAAGCCUUCAAAAAGGCCGAAACACUUGGCUGUGAAGACCCAGAGCACACAUUGUUUCACCAAGCGAUAUUGUUGGACUUGAGUACACAAAAGGAUGGAAAGUCGAGUGCUCUCCUCCAACGCUUCGUCAAAUGUGCAGAGCCCGAUGCAAGGAAGCUGCCUGAAGCUUGCUAUCGCCUAGCGCUCCUUCAUGGACACCGUGGUCCCCGUCACAUGGGCGAGGCAAAACGCUUCUACACUCUGGGCGAAAAAGCCGAACGGGACGGGCUCUCGGUCUUCAAGGAUGAAGCCUCUCAAUGGAGAAUCAAAGCGCGGGCUUUGGUGAAACAUUACCAUGAAUGUGGCAAUAGCAGCUGCCGCAGUGCGGGCACCAUGGAUUGUACUGCGUGCGAACAGGUCUUCUACUGCAGCAAGGUGUGCCAGAAAGCCCAUUGGCCCGCCCACAGGCGCUGGUGCAAAAAACAUCGAAAGAUCUCGCCAACUGGAUGA